GAAUAUUCUAUGUGCUUCUAUUUUGGCAAAUUGGGAAACUAGUUGGAUACCAUACCCAUUAGUCAACGGGAGUUGUUCAAGAAGCUUCCAUGGGGAAAUCUUGCUAACACUCCAGACCUCCAAUUUUCUAGCCAGAUUGUUCACAUGUUGUUGUUGCGGCUGGUUCGGCAACAACCCGUGGAUGAACUAUGGUUAUCCAUAAGAGGGAAGAGUUAUAAGUUCAUUUUUAAAGAUUUUUGUAAAAUUACCAAACUGCCUGCAUACAUCACCCGACCCACAUUUGUUAAAAAGAAUGCGAAAAGUGGUGUGGCAGGUUUGUUCUUUAAAGGAAACAAGUGUGUGCCAUACCAAGAGUUGAAGGAAACAAUGGAGGACAUCAAACCGAAGAAGAGGAUGGACCCCUUACCAAUGGUGAAGUUGGCUUCACUUUUCGUGGUUGAUGGUGUAUUGCUGAUUAGGGACCACUCAACGAAGAUUAAUCCUGACCAUUUCUCUUGGUUCGAAGACUUUGAGAACUUCCAAAAAUAUCCUUGGGCACUUGAAUCGUAUAACCUUAUGGUCACCAAUAUGAAGUUGUUGAUGCAUGGUCAACCAGACAAGUUUGAGGCUGCGAAAGCUAAGAAUCCCGAUUAUAAGAAUGCAAAGUUCUCUGUUUGGUCCUGACCUCACGUCUUGCAGGAUGAUGAGAGUGACAAUGAGGGCCAGAGUAAGGGUGAGGAUGAUGCAGAAGAAGAUGACGCAGAAGAAGAUUAUGGAGAAGAAGAUGAGGAUGUGAAACUCUUCCGGAAACUGAAGCUUAUGCAACAACUUCAAAUGUUAGGGAUGACAUUAAACGACUUAGGACAAAUGUUACAGGUGUUGAGGCCACACUUGGUGAGGUGAAAGACAUGUUAUCCAAGCUGGUGGGGGUGAGUGUGCAUGGCAAACCAGAAGUGCCUACUACAGAGAAGGCUGGACAAGAGGAUGAAGUUCAAAGUGUAGAGGCUAAUGUGAAGCAUGAUUCUGUUGAAGAUAAUCAGGGAAGUGAGCAUGGCAUGCCGGAAGUGGCGACUGCAAAUAUGCUGGACAAGAGGGUGAAGUUCAAAGUGUAGAGGGUAAUGUGAAGCAUGAUUCUGUUGAAGAUGACCAGGGAAGUGAACAUUGCAUGGCGGUAGUCCCCACAGCCGAAAAGGAGGAGGAUGUUGAAGAUGUUGAGGGCAGUGUGAAGGAGGAGGAUGUUGAACAGCCUAUGUCCAACAACAACACUAUUGAAGAAGGUCAAACACAUGACGAUGGUGUAGUUGUUCACUCAUGUCCUAAAUCAACGCUCAUAAUCCAUAUUUUGGAAGAAGAUGAUGUAUGUCUGCAUGAAGAACUAAGUCCCAGGGCUGUUUGAAAUUGUGGAAUGAGAAUAUCUUCUUCAAGAUGAUGCUGAACUAACCAAACCACAAUCUGCCCGAGAGGAAAUUAAAAAAAGGAAGAGGUUUGUGUCAAAGUAUCAUAGUAGUCCAUUUAUGGAUCCAUGUGCUAAGCGAAAAAAGACAUGUAAACAUGGAAUCGGGACAGAAGUUGAGGAGGAAGAUAAAGUCUUCAAUGAGCUCAAGAGUUGGGUAGAAGCCCCUGUCGGUGGCAAAUCAGUGUGUUUAAUGUUGGACAUUCCAGGUUGUGACAGUGUUGAUAGAUAGUUCUUCCGCUAGAUGAUAGACCAUGAGGAAUGGCUAAGCAGUGUGCACAUUGAUGCCCUGACCAACAUUAUGAAGAGUCAGGCCAUUUCAUGUCAACAGUCUGAAUUAGUAAGCCUGUAUUUUGCGGCAUAGGAGGCAAAGUAUUAGCUCUAUUCAAAAUGAAGAGGGUGUUAUGGUUUCAUCUUUACCUGAUAUUGGGAAGGCUGCCAUUGACUUUUACACCAAGCUUUAUUUUGUUUCACAACCUACUGCUGAAGAUAUUUUUCAUUUCAUUCCAAGCGUUGUUACUGCCGAAGACAAUCAACAAUUAAUGGAAUAACCCCAAGAGGAGGAAGUUAAAAAGGUUGUGUGGAUUCUUAAUCCAAAUGGGGUUGUUGGGCCUGAUGGAUUUAAUGGUAAGUUUUUUAAAAAAUGUUGGCAUAUUGUUGGUGUUGAUCUAGUGAAAGCUGUGCAAGAAUUCUUUCUACGCAUCUAUAUUCCUAAAGGGUUAUCUAGCAGUUUGAUUGUGUUAAUUCCUAAGGUUAAUAACCCAUCUUCCUUUGCUGAUUUUAGACCCAUUUGCCUCUCUAAUUUUGUGAGCAAGGAUCCAAAUUCCGAAAUAAUAAUAUUGUCUUACGUUGCCUAAAUUCAUCUGCUCUCGUAGAUUAGCUCUCGUAGUUGGAUUAAACUCCAUCAGUGAACAAUGACUACUAAACGUUAAAAAAUUAUUUUCAACUGCAAAAUAAAAA